AUGCCCGUCAAUGAGAAUUUGAGCUCCAUUUCAUGUGAACCAUGUAGGCAGCGAAAAUGCAAGUGUGAUCGGAAACUCCCAUUCUGCGCGCAGUGCUCCAGUGAGCCAUCAAAAUGCAUAUAUCCUGAAAGUGGCAAGAGGGGUUUGCCUCUUGGAUACUUGAAUCAACUCGAACAAAGACUGUCCGAGACCGAGGCAGCCCUCUACAGUGCCCUCGUUACCUUACGCGCGAUGCGACCGACGACCAUGGCACACGCAUCGGCAAAUCCGGACUCGGCACAUAAACAAAAAGCUGCACGAAUGGAUGAAUGGAACCAGCUACCACUCCGGGGAUGGUCAGAUAUGGAGCACUGGCUCGCGGGCAUGUCGCACCAGUUCACGCUCGAGCAACCGAAAACUCCGAAUGCACCUUUCACAGAAGAACCCUCGGAUGGCGGUUUUGAAAUCCCACAGUCGCCAAAUCACCCAAGUCACGGUAGCAUCCAUGGUCCCGGUGUGAUUAUGGAGGCUGGGAAGCCAUCGACUUCAUAUGCGUGGCCCCCGCGAGGAGAUAGCUCUAUGGGAAGCCCAUACGAGACCCAUCUCCGCCCGCCGAGGGUGAUGUCCUCGCCUGUCUAUUCGCAGAGUCAAGCUACCGGAGGAUCCGACGGGGUGGCGUCACCGGCUGGAGGGGUGCAGGAGUACACCAACGUCGCAAUGUCCAGUGAAGGCGAACCGAUAAGACCAGUCGAGAGGGCGCCGGCCACCAGAGCGGAAGAGCUGUCAAAAAAUAGACCUAGCAUAUAUUUCUGA